AUGAAUCAGCAGGUGCAGAAGGACACCCUCUACGUCGGUAUGUCUCCCCUCUCUCUCUCUCUCUCUCUCUCUCUGCGAGCCCUGAUGAGGCUUACAUAGUGCUUGGAUGGGCGGGGGGGAUGGCGCAGGGGGGUUGGCGGAGGAGGUGAACGAGUCCAUUCUUCACGCGGCGUUCAUACCCUUCGGGGAGAUCAAGGACGUGAAGACGCCCUUGGACCAGGCCACCCAGAAGCACCGAUCUUUCGGCUUCGUCACCUUCCUCGAGAAGGAGGACGCCACAGCCGCCAUGGACAACAUGGACGGCGCCGAGCUCUACGGCAGGGUCCUCACUGUCAACUACGCCCUCCCGGAGCGGAUCAAGGGCGGGGAGCAGGGCUGGGCCGCCCAACCCCGUGAGUUCACGAACACUCCUCUUCUCUCUCCUCUCUCUCUCUCUCUCUCUCUCUCUCUCUCUCUCUCUCUCUCUCUCUCUCUCUCCCCCCUCUCAUUGUUUCAGUGGAACUCGAUUCUGGGCUCCCUCUAGGGUUCCUGGGGGCAUCUCCCAUCUCCCUCUUGUCAGGUUAUUGAUUCCUUUCUUGAGCUGAAUCGGGUCUUCCACCGAAGGAAUUGGGUCUCUCAAGCCCUAACCUUAUGUUCUAUCCAAAUGGGAGCGUAUCAAAAAUCGCUCAAUCUUCUCUCUCUCUCUCUCUCUCUCUCUCUCUCUCUCUCUCUCUCUCUCUCUCUCUCUCUCUCUCUCUCUCUCUCUCUCUUCAUUCCCAGUGAUAAUCGAUUGAUGGCCAUACUUCGAUCGAAAAUUUUCUACCCUCACAUUUUUUUUAUUAUUGAUGAUCUGUUUUUUGUUUAAUUUUUGGAAGUCUGGGCGGAUGCUGAUACCUGGUUCGAGAGGCAGCAGCAAGAGGAGGAGAUGAAGCGACUGCAGGCCGAAAACGAGGCUGCCAUGAAAGCUGCAGAGGAGCUGCACAGAAAGAAGGUGGCUGAAGAACGCGAUGGGGAGAAGGAAGAAGAAACAGAGGCUACGGACCCCAUGGCGAUUGCAGAAGCAGAGGCUCUGAAGAGUUCUCAGUGA